AGGCUUUAGCAGACGAGGUGACAGUACUCUUACUUCAUACCUGCCAAAUGGUGUCAAAUUCCCUGUGUAACGCAAAGGCAUACAGCCGGUGUCUUUUACGAAUGGCUUCACACUCAUCACAUUGCCCACAUGCUCAUCCCAGACAACCGUUUGCAAACGCACCAGAACUUAGAUUCCACUCAGCAUCCAGACGGCAGAGGAUUGCAAACUGAGUCACAGGAGAUACUACAAGAAGUGCUCUCUGGUGAUUACCACGCUGCCCUCGAGCAUCUGUCUGUAUCGCCUCCAGAUGGUUUAUCGAAAAAUAUGCUAGAGAAACUCAAGCGAGUAUUCGUAGCAUAUAUAAGUUUCCAGCAAGACUUUCAGGGACUUGACCCUUCGAUUUUAAAAACGGGCAAACUGGAUGUAAAUGCAACCAUUGAUCGAUUCGAAGCCGUUUUAUACGACAUGGGUGAUGUCGCAGAAGAAUAUGACGACUCAAACACUCGUAUUUUUCUUACCAUUAUGGCAGAGAGGUUACUUCAAAUGGCCAAAUUGUUCCAAGACGAGCAUAUUAAUAAUCGAAUGGUCAUGUCGAUGCCAUCCAGCCUGGGCAACAAAGCUUCCAGAGUGAACCUCUUAAAUCAGAUCUUCUUCCUGAGCUGCUGAGCAAGUCACAGUUCGGGGCACAAUUUUUUUUUUUUGCUCCACAGUAGGAAUUGUGCGGGCAGCCGAAACUUCAUCGAAAACGAAAUGCUGUACGUGAUUGGUCUCGGUCUCUCUGAUGAAAAGGACAUUACUGUUCGUGGCCUUGAAGCGGUCAAAAGCUGCGAGCGUGUAUAUCUGGAAGCUUACACCAGCAUUCUGAUGGUGGAUUCUUCCAAGCUUUCCGAGUACUAUGGCAAGCAAGUCAUUGUUGCCGACCGAGAAAUGGUUGAAUCCGAGAGUGACGCUAUUUUAGCCGAUGCCGAUAAAAUCAACGUUGCAUUUUUAGUAGUUGGUGACCCUUAUGGGUAAGUGACAGUUGUC